AGUUUGACUACUUCAGCAAGAUGUCAAUUUAUAACUGCUCUUUUGAUCUAAUUGCUAAAAAAGAAGAGUGGGGUUGUCUCCCAGGGGAAAAGUGUUUCAAUCUCACCUCAGGCAUGAAUGGCAGCCACAUCGAUCUGGAAGAUGCAUGUUUGACGGAGGAAGGGUACCUCGAGAAAUACCUGGGGCCUCGUCGUUCAUCUGUGUUCCUCCCUGUCUGCCUCAUCUACCUGAUCAUCUUCAUGAUAGGUGUGGUGGGGAAUGUGCUGACAUGCACUGUCAUUGCACGCAACAAAGUGAUGUGGACGCCAACAAACUACUACCUGUUCAGCCUGGCAGUGUCAGACCUGCUAGUACUGCUGCUUGGCAUGCCAUUAGAGCUGUAUGAGCUGUGGCAGAACUACCCUUUCCUUCUGGGGAAGGGAGGCUGCUACUUUAAAACCUUUCUAUUUGAGACAGUCUGCUUGGCAUCCAUCCUCAACGUGACGGCACUGAGUGUGGAGCGCUACAUCGCUGUGGUGCAUCCACUGCGUGCAAAGUACGUUGUGACGCGCACCCAUGCCAAGCGGGUCAUCCUGACGGUGUGGGGUGUGUCGGUGUUGUGUGCUGUUCCCAACACAAGUCUGCAUGGGAUCGCCACCCUUUACAGUCGCUCCUCCAGCCCUGGCAUGAACAUAAAUGUGGAGAUCCCUGACUCGGCAAUCUGUACAUUGGUGAAACCACGCUGGAUAUACAACCUGACCAUCCAAGUGACCACCUUGCUAUUUUUCAUUAUGCCCAUGCUCACCAUCAGCGCGCUCUACAUGCUCAUUGGGCUACAGCUGAAGCGGGAAAAGAUGCAUCAGGCACUGGAAGCAAAGUCAGGCUUUGGUCAGGAUAGCUUCUGUAACAUCCGUACACAGCAGCAGAAGGCUCGCCGACGUCAGGUCACUAAAAUGUUGUUUGUUUUAGUGGUGGUGUUUGCAAUCUGCUGGGCCCCAUUUCACACUGACCGCCUCAUGUGGAGUUUCAUCAAUGACUGGACUGACAGCCACAUGGAAAUUUUCCAGUACGUGCACAUCAUCUCUGGAGUGUUUUUCUACCUCAGCUCAGCAGUCAACCCAAUCCUGUACAACCUUAUGUCCACACGCUUUAGAGAGAUGUUCAAGGAAGUCAUGUGCCAUCGGCCGCAUCACAUUACUCCCAGAAAACACUCGCUUAGUGUCACCCGGGUGACACUCCGCAGCACCCUGAGUGAUGCUCCAAUCAGCAACGGAACCGCCAUUGUUGAAGCUGAGGCAGAAGACGGAGACGGGCGGAUGAAAGAUGAGACCAGUUUUUCAUGUUAAAAAAAAAAAAAUCUUGAAGGGCAGGAUGACAUAUUCAGACUAGAAUGGCAUGGUGUUCAGAAAGACUGUCUCACUCUGAACCAGUGUAUUCAUCAACUCAUCAAUAGCAAGUUUGAAACAGGUAUGUCAGCUAAAUACCUAAAAUACAGCAGAAAAAAAUCAGUCUUCUGCUGAGGCUGUCAGGUUGCAGUGGAAGUCUUACUAUGAUGGUUUUGAAAACUUUACUCAUAAGUCAGCAAAUCACAUACUAAAGUUGAAAUGCAGGCUCAUAUAGCCAUAAGAAUGGUCAAUAGUCAGUUUGCCCUGACAUCUAAUGUGUGAUGUACAAAUUCCAUUCAAAUGAAGAUAUAUUUUUGUCAGCACUUGGAAAAUUUAAAUUAUGACAAUACAGUUUACAAAACUCGUGUAAUUUAUAAAAGGAGUUAAACCAGAUGGACCAAUGAAUACUAAAGCUUGUCCAAGCCAGACAGGGCUUGAAAACUUAAACUUGGCCAUGUACAGUAAGAAUGUGAAACAAUAUGAUGUAAAAUAUCAAUAAA